AUGAAACUCGACACGGCGGCGCUGAGAUAUCUCAACAAUGACGAUUGGAGAGUCUUGGCUGCAGUCGAACAAGGCAGCAAGAACCAUGAAGUAGUACCCACACCACUGAUCGGCUCGCUGUCUGGUCUUCGAGGAGGCAGCGGAGUGCACAGAAACAUCUCCAAUCUGGCGAAAGAAGGCUUGAUUGGAAAAGUCAAAAAUGCCAAAUACGAUGGCUACCGCUUAACUUACGGCGGCUACGACUACCUCUCUCUCAACACGCAUCGUCGUUCCGAUAUCAUAUUUAGCGUUGGGAACCAGAUCGGUGUGGGAAAGGAAGCAGAUGUCUACAUUACUGCCGCACCCGACGGUCGCCAAUUAGCUCUCAAGCUCCACCGUCUAGGCCGCAUUUCCUUUCGCACCGUGAAAGCUAACCGCGACUAUCUCCGGAAUCGUCAUGCUGGAUCAUGGAUGUAUCUCUCCCGUCUAGCGGCACAGAAAGAAUACGCUUUCAUGUGUGUGCUCCACCGGGAGGGAUUCCCAGUUCCAGAACCUCUGGCGUGGAGUCGACACACUGUGGUUAUGGAAUUUGUCGAUUCAUUCCCGUUGAGAGGGAUUGAGAGUAUUCCAGAUCCCGGAAAGCUGUACGCGGAGUUGAUGGAUAUGAUUGUGCAACUCGCGCGACGUGGUCUGAUUCACGGAGAUUUCAACGAGUUCAACAUUCUCAUCAAAGAGAAAACUUUGGCUAGUGGGAAGAUAGUGCUACAGCCGAUCCUGAUUGACUUUCCCCAGACUGUCAGCACAAAUCACUCGAAUGCGAAAUGGUACUUUGACCGGGACGUCGAGUGCAUACGGAGGUACUUUGACAGAAAGUUUCGGUACACUUCGGAUGAGCCGGCCCCAUCGUUUGAGGAUGCGACCAAAGGCGCCGAUCCAAAGAAAAGGUUAGAUGUCGAAGUGGAGGCGAGUGGGUUUUCUAGAAAGAUGGGCAAGGACUUGGAAAGGUUCAUUGAGGGGACGGGCAAUGUGCAGAAUGAGGUUGAGGCUGCUGCCGAGGGGCAGGAUGACGAUGAUGAGGACGAGGAGGAUAAUGAAGAUGAUUAUGAAGACGGCGACGUAGAGGAAGAUGAUGGCCCGACAGAGAGCCACGCGGUAGACGCUGAAGCAGAUGCCCAGGUGGACGAAGGGCAAUCAUCUGUGCAGCCGGCGGAAAUCGCGGAGGAGGUAUCGGCGCUGUCCCUGGCGGACCAUCCUCCUCCAGCACCUCUUCAAGCGGCAAACUUCCCGGUCGAUGACCUGCCAAGAGAUCGAGAUCCUAGCGAGGUGGCCGCAAAGGUGCGAACGAAGAAGAAGGCCAGUGGAUGGGCCAUCUAG